CUAAGGCGUGUUCUUUGCGCGUUUAGGUUGUCUUGGUACAAGGGCGUUGACAGGUGUACACGGAAGAAGUAGACCUAAUUGUGAAAAGGUGGAAAAGGAGGGGAAACUAGCGCAGGAAAUCAAAGAAUAAACCGUGAUAUAAAUAGCAAGCGCUUCGGUUGAAAAGGAAGAUUUAUCUUUGUUGUGCCCACUGGAGGGCUUAAUACCGUGAAUAUUAAUGGAGGUUGGCGCCAACGUCCGAUAUCAGCGGUUGCAACAGGUGGAGGAGGAAGAUCAGGUGGAUGGCGAAUGUAGCGAUCAGGAAGAAAAGGAAGAGCUGAAUGUAGAAGCCGAAGAAAUUGAGGAUGACAGGGUCAUAGUUAAUAUAUACGCCCCAUCAGCAAAGAUUGUCAACUCUCAGCGUAAGAAGGAGACAUGCUCCCGAAUUUUGGCAGCAGUGAUACUUUUGAUUGUAGCCUUCCUGUUUGGAUUGUAUCAGUUCAUGUAUGUCAAUUUACAGCUUCCUCAUGAGGAUGACUGCUUUUCUCCCCAAAAUAAAGGCAUGUCAUAUGGUGUCACUGAAAAUCAUUUUGAAGGAAAGGACUCAAAUUGCACUAAUGAAGAUUACCAUCACCAUGAGGAUGAAGCAGAAAAGAUGGGUGAGCAUCUGCAUUCUGAAGAGGAUGACAGUGUUGCCCCACAUAAACAUGAGCAUGGCAUUUACCAUCAUUUUACUGUUGUUACAGAUUCAGCUACGUGUUCUGAAGUAGGAAAAGAUAUUCUUGCUUCUGGUGGAAAUGCUAUGGAUGCCGGGAUUGCUACCACAUUGUGUUUGGGACUUGUGCAUCCACACUCUGCUGGCAUUGGUGCUGUUUUCUCAGCUUUGUACUAUGAUGGACCAUCUGGAACUUCAAAAGUAUUUAAUGCCAUUCCCAUCAAUUCAUCAUCUUCUGAUUUUGGUAUUCCUGUCUCUCUUCAGACUUUAAGACUGAUGCAUAAAUUUCAUGGCAGCCUUGAAUGGUCCACACUUUUCAGUAGUGCAAUUCAUAUAGCGAGACAUGGAUUCAGCAUUGAUCACAUCCUAGCUCAAGCUUUGCGAGAUAAUGAAGCUGUGAUCAAGAACUCAAGACUGUGUGAUUUGUUCUGUAACUUAAAUGGAAGCAUCAAAGAUGAGGGUUCAACAGUUACAAAUAGGAAGCUUGCAGACCUACUGGAGAAUAUUAGGAACAACAUAGAUAAUGAUGGCAUCUCAUCAACAUUGAUUCAGUUCUUGAACCCUGAUAUUCCAGUUCCUGCACAACAGACAUUUGUAGACAGCAUGAAACACCACCAGGCUAAUUGGACUGAUCCCUUAAAAGUUGAAUUUGAUGACGUUGUACUGUACGGAGCUUCAUUUCCAGCAGCUGGAAACAUUUCUUCUGGAAUUAUUGAAGAACUUCAAUCACAAAACUUGACACUAGAGAGCAUAUCAGAAGACCAACAUAGUGCCAGCAUUUACUCUCACAUCCUAAAUGCUUCUAUUCAGAUUUAUAAUAACAUUAUUAGAAAGAGCAAAGAAAAAUUGCUCAGUGAAAUAUCCAGUACAACACAUCCAAAAAGUGCCAUAAAUAAAAGCUUAGUAAAUUUAAACAUGGCUCCGUCUAGUAGUUACAUUGCUGUUGCAGAUAAUAAUGGCUCUAUCUUUGUGUUGUCUGGUUCACUCAAUAGUACUUUUGGUUCAAAGUUGUUUCUACCAUCAAGUGGUAUAAUCCUCAGUGAUUUUACAGAGGGUACCAAAGCAGACUUACAAUACUGGGCAUCUCCUAUGGUACUUGAUAUGAAGGAACAAGAUGACUUGAUUGGAAUUGUUGCAACUGGUGGAACAUCUGUUCCAUUUGGUGUUGCUCAGAGUAUAAUAAAUAAGGUGUACUUUGGAAAGUCAUUAAAAGAAGCAGUUAGUGGACCACUUUUUCAUCUUAAUUUUGGAGAUGAUGGUACAUUUCAUACCUAUGUAUCAGGGCUUUCAAGUAGAUCAAACAUUUUCAAAGAAUUGUUAAAAGUAGAACCAAAUUUGGAAAUAUUAAGAGAUGACGAUGACCAGAAUUUAAUCAUUGCAAUAGUAGAAUUCCAUAAUGGGCAUGUAAGCAGCUUUGGUAAUUCAACUAGUCAUAUGUUUUCUGAUGGAAAUUAACUUUUUUCUUUUUAAAUAAGUGACACGGUUCUUUGGUUUUAAUUGUGAAAUGGAUAAUUAAUACUGCUAGGUGUUUAGAGCAGUCAUAAGGCAUACCCUGUAAAGAGAAAUGUAUUUAUAUUAACAGUGAAGCAAAGAGAACAUCUAUUUUCAUAUUCCUAAAGUGACUAUAAUUGCACUGUAUCAACUGCUGAGCUCUAUGCAAAAAAACUGAAUGACAAUACAUAUUCCUUUUAAAAGAUAAGGUCCUCCUAUGGCAGGAUUUAUAACAUAAGCUGUCUGUAUUUAAGGGGUGCUGUCAUUGUUAUGCAGCAUUUUUAUUACAUAUUUUCAGAUUUAUUUUUCUAACUAAGUUAUGAAGUUUGUGGUGUACAUAUGUAAAAAAAACUUCAGAGUAA